AUGUCGCCCACUGCCUCUUUCGUUUCAGGCCCGCGGACGCCGCCUUUGUGGGAAGAGACUCUGGGAGAACUUGUGAAUCGGCAUGCUGCUCAAUAUGGAACUCACAAAGCAGCCUCCUUUCCCUGGCAACAUCAGACGCUCUCGUACAAUGACCUCGCAAGUCGAAGCGAAGCAAUUGCAAAGUCGAUGUUGGCGAGAGGGUUGAGGCAUGGAGACAACGUUGCGAUCAUGGCCGGAAAUUGCUAUCAGUACCUCGAAACGUUCGUCGCUGCUGCCAGAAUAGGCUGCCCUUUCGUCGUCCUAAACAACACUUACACUCCAAAAGAGAUGGUGUCUGCGUUGAGCGUGUCCUGCAAGUUUCCUCCUUUGAGUCUUUCAGAAGCUGGGCUGACUCGAAUUACAGCUUGCAAACUUCUCUUCAUCGCUGCGAGAAUCCGGUUGAAAGACCUAUCCACCCAUAUCGAAGCGGUGGCAAGGGAACUGAGUACUCUGCCGUGCGUUUCCCUGUCUGCAGGUGACAAUGCAGCGCAUAAGUCCUUGAGGCUAUGCACCUAUUCGUCUUUCGUCUUGGAAGGACGAAACAUCGACCAGGUAGCACUGAAGCGAGUAGAGAGCCGUGUCCGGUGCAAUGAUGUUCUGAACCUCCAAUUUACUUCUGGAACCACGGGUGCUCCCAAAGCAGCGAUGCUGACUCACAAGAACCUAAUCAACAAUGCUCGUCUCGUCGGAACGAACAUGCACUUGAACUCCUCUGACAUCAUUUGUUGUCCCCCACCGCUGUUCCACUGUUUCGGCCUUGUGAUGGGCUUCCUAGCGUCAAUCACCCAUGGCAGCAGAGUUGUGUUCCCUUGCGAUCAGUUUGAUCCUGAUUUGGUCCUCGAUGCAUUGAACGAAGAGAAAUGUACUGCACUCCUCGGCGUGCCAACCAUGUUUAUCGCCGAGAUCGAAGCCAACAAAGUAAAGAAAUACAAAAUCUCAUCCGUCAAGACGGGCCUUGUUGCAGGGUCAUCGGUUCCGCCGGCAUUGGUGAAGCAAUUAGACCAAGAGUUUGGUAUCAAGGGAAUGCUCAUCCCGUAUGGAAUGACCGAGACUAGUCCAGUUACGUUCAUGACUACGUUUGAUGACACGGAAGAAAGACGAACCAAGACCGUUGGGAGAGUGCUACCACAUACGAUGGCCAAGAUUGUCGACCGCACGGGUAAGAUAGUACCGCGUGGUGUGCGAGGAGAGCUCUGCGUAAGCGGAUACGCAUUGCAGAAGGGGUACUACAAUAAUCCAGCAAAGACCGCUGAAGCCAUGAAGAGGGACGAAAAUGGUAUUCUGUGGAUGUACACUGGAGAUGAAUGUGUCAUCGACGAGGAUGGUUACUGUUCUGUAACUGGCCGGAUCAAGGAUAUCAUCAUUCGCGGCGGUGAGAACAUCUUCCCCAGCGAAAUUGAAAGUUGCCUCGCCGAACAUCCCUCCAUCGCGGAGGCCAGCUGUGUUGCCAUCAAAGAUGCCCGGUAUGGAGAAGUCGUCGGUGCUUUCCUCCGCGCACAACCCCGACCUGGCUGCCUCGACCUCGACCUCAAGGAGGGGAACAGAACGCGGCUCAUGCGGCCGAGUUGGAAGGAAAUCAACAACUGGGUGCGCAAGUCGCUGGGCAGCCACAAAGCGCCCAAGUAUGUGUUCUGGAUCGGGGAUGACGGCGUGGGCAACGAGUUUCCUAAGACGGGCAGUGGCAAGAUCAUGAAGCACCUCCUCCGCGACGUUGGGGAGAAGCUUGUGCAAAUGGGCAGAGGGAUGGAAGAGAAAGGAGUGGAGAAGGUGGGAGCAGUGAGAGCCAGGCUGUGA